GGAAGGGAGGAGAUUCUGGUAGCUCUGAAAUAGCUUCCCUGCAUGAUCCCAGCGCUGUAAGACGCUGAAGGCUGCCCCAGUACCUCCCACACCCCGGGGCAUGUGGAUCCUCCCCUUGGUGUCCUUUUCACACCAUGCUGCUCCCCAUCCCACUCCCUAUAUAUUUGAACCCUGCAGAGCUGCAUCUCCUCACUCGACUGGCUCCUACUAGGCAGCAUGCAGGCAGGAUCACCUCCUUCUGCUUCUCACCAGCAGGUGAAAUCCUCUAGCACGGCCUCCAGCACCGAAAGGUGUGGAGCGUGUGGCCCUGGCUUCGCCUCUCCUCUGGAUGCGAUGAAAGGGCCCCGGGAGGAGAUAUUAUACGUGCCCUGCAUCUACAGGAACACCGGCAGGAACAAACCUGACUUUCUGGCCACUGUGGAUGUCAAUCCUGAAUCUCCAAACUAUUGCCAGGUGAUCCACCGCCUGCCUAUGCCCAACGUGGGGGACGAGCUGCACCACUCCGGCUGGAACACCUGCAGCAGCUGCUUCGGGGACACCACCAAGAAGAGGAACCGCCUGAUCCUCCCCAGCCUGAUCUCCUCCCGCAUCUAUGUGGUAGAUGUAGGAACUGACCCACGAGCUCCCAGGCUUUUUAAGGUUGUCAACUCAGAGGACGUCUUCUGGAAGUGUAACCUGGGCUAUCCCCACACCUCCCACUGCCUGGGCAGCGGUGAAAUCAUGAUCAGCACCCUGGGAGACCCGGCUGGCAAUGGGAAAGGUGGCUUUAUUCUGCUGGAUGGAGAAACGUUUGAGAUCAAGGGGAACUGGGAGAAGGGGGACAAGAGCCCCCCGAUGGGUUAUGACUUCUGGUACCAGCCGCGCCAUAAUGUCUUGAUCAGCACGGAAUGGGGAGUCCCGAAAUGCCUGGGAUAUGGGUUUGACCCAAAUGACCUGAAGAAAGGGUGCUACGGACGCCGCCUCAACGUGUGGGACUGGACCACCCACACCUACGUCCAGGCCAUUGACGUGGGCGAGGACGCGGCGCCCCUGGAGAUCCGCUUCCUGCACAACCCCGACGCCGCGGAGGGGUUCGUGGGGUGCACCAUCAGCAGCGCCAUCCACCGCUUCUACAGGACCGAGCGAGGAGACUGGGCGGCCGAGAAGGUGAUCCAAGUCCCCAGCAAGAAGGUGGAGGGGUGGCUGCUCCCGGACAUGCCAGGCUUCAUCACCGACAUCCUCAUCUCGCUGGACGACAGGUUCCUCUACUUCAGCAACUGGCUGCACGGAGACGUCCGCCAGUACGACAUCUCCGACACCCGCAGGCCCAGGCUGGUGGGACAGGUAAGGCAGCACCGGCGUGCCCGCUACUUCUGCCCCAUCUCGGGGUGGGACCAGCCCCGCUUCCCCGUCUCGGCCACCCCGAGCUCCGCUCUCUCGCAGGUCUUUGUGGGUGGCAGCAUCGCCAAGGGAGGGACCGUGGCCGUGUGUGGGGACGAGGAGCUGCAGAGCCAGCCGGAUCCCUUUGUCAUCCAGGUGAGCUCAGCUUUGCGCCGUCCCAUCUCCGCCCUCAGCCUCCAGGCACGCGGGGCAGCAGGGGCAAGCCCAGGGAGCAGGUCCCAGUGCUUCUGCUCCUCCGGCCCAGCCCGAUGCAGGUGGAGGCGUCCCCUGCUCACCUCGUCCUCCCCUCCACCUGCUGCAGGGCAAGAGGGUGUCGGGGGGGCCCCAGAUGAUCCAGCUCAGCCUGGAUGGGAAGCGGCUGUACGUCACCACGUCCCUCUACAGCGCCUGGGACCGGCAGUUCUACCCGCAGCUCAUCAGGGAUGGCUCUGUCAUGCUGCAGCUCGAUGUGGACACAGAGAAGGGUGGCCUGACCGUCAACCAGAACUUCCUGGUGGAUUUCGGGAAGGAGCCGGGCGGGCCCUGCCUGGCGCACGAGAUCCGCUACCCUGGCGGGGACUGCACCUCCGACAUCUGGGUUUAGCAGCCCCAGGGCUGGCGUGCGGCCACCCUCCACUUCCUUCCCUUCUCAUGGAUGCUCUCCCCAAAUCUCGGCUUUGCCAGUGGCCUGACCUCCCGCAGUGCCUUCGACACUUAGGGCACAAUGGGAUGGCAAAGCUGGAGAUCCCGCUGCUGUCCUUGUCCAGAAGCCCUCCUCCCUGCCAGCGCCACCGGAAUCCCGCAUCCUGCACCUCACAUCUCACAACCUGCACCCUGCAUCCCACAUCCCCUAUCCUGCAUCUCACACCCCACAUCUGACAUCCUGCACCCCCUAUCUUGCAUGUAGCUUCCCGCACCCUGCACCCCGCAUCCCGCAUCCCGUGUCUUGCAUCCUGCAUCCCAAAUCCUGCAUCCUGCCCCAGCCCCAGCAGCCCAUUCCUGGAGCACAAUGGGCACUUGCACGCUGCGCUGCUGCCCCAAGACCGCCUCAGUGCCCAAAUUCCCAGGGCACAGGAGAGGAUGAAGUGGUCAUCCCCUAAGUGCCCCAUGGCUGGGCACUGCUGAAAUAAAACAGGCGUCUCUGCACCGC